AUGGCUCAAGUAUCUCCACCGCCGUGGUCCAGAUGGGAUGCACCGGGUUAUCAGUAUGUGUCAAAUAAAACCAAGCCACCAUUUCCGUUACAGUACGAUAGUGGACUUGAAAAUCCUGGAUUGCAAUUUGGAGAUUUAACACGGCAAAGGUUGGUGGGAGCUGGUAAACUUCUUGACCAAAAGAUAAAUGCCAAUGAUGCAAAUUUCAUUGACUGUAUAUAUGGAAUAGAAAAUUCUCCAAUUCGUGUCAUCGCAAGAUGUUUAGCAAAUAUUGGAUGUUGUGAGACAACAUGCUGCGAAAAUCGUUCAUGGCAUGAAAAGUACGCCUGGGCAGUUGCACUGCUUGCUAUAUUUUGUGCUGUCGUACUUUGCUCCCUCUUCGUGAUAUUAUUUUGUUGGUUAUAUAAUCGAGCCAGAGAUAAGAGCCAGAAACGAUUCAUUAGCCAAUCAAUGGGUGGAAUGAGUCCAGCAAUAUCACAGGCAAAUCUAGCUGCAAUUGAAAAUCGAAAUGAAAGUGGUUAUUAUCCGUAUGUUGGUGGACCUAAUCAAUACUGA